AUGAGGCUGCGCGCCGCAGUCGCUGCCGCCGCCGCCGGCGGGCUUCUCCCCCCGAUGGCCUCGGCCCAGUCCGUCUCCCUGGCCGCGACAUCGGACCUGACCUUCAUCACGGGCGCGAGGUCCAUGGCCCCGCAGCAGACGGCCCCGCCCACGGGCAUCUACGUGUCGUACGCGUCCAAGAUCACCCUCACCGGGUCCAACUCGUCGAGCACCGAGACGUCGGCCUCGUCGGCCACGGGCACGUCGACGCAGUCGUCGGAGCCACCGCGCAACACGCAGCCGUGCAACAACUACCUGGAGCUGUGCGGGCGCCGGUACGGAAACAUCACAAACGUCGGCGCCCACAACUCGCCCUUUGUGCGGCCCGGCAACUCGGGCUCCAACCAGGAGCUGCCCGUCAAGACGCAGCUCGACGACGGCGUCCGCCUCGUCCAGGGCCAGAUGCAGUGGCCCGUCAACGGCUCCGUCCCCCAUUUCUGCCACACGACGUGCGACCUCCUCGACGCCGGGCCCAUUACCGACUGGCUCACCCAGGUGCGCGAAUGGGUCGACGCCCAUCCCUACGACGUCGUCACCGUCCUCCUCGGCAACGGCAACUACUCGACCCCGGACCUGUACGCCCCCUACAUUGAGCAGACGGGCAUCCUCAAGUACACCUACGAGGCCCCCUUCCUGCCCAUGGCCCUGGACGACUGGCCCACCCUCGAGGACCUGAUUGUCCGUGGCAAGCGCGUCGUCAUGUUCAUGGACUACAAGGCCGACCAGAAAAAGUAUCCGUGGCUGCUCGACGAGUUUGCCCACAUGUGGGAGUCGCCCUUUGACCCGCAGGACCGCAACUUUCCCUGCCCCGUCCAGCGGCCCCCGGGCCUCAGCAACGAGACGGCGCGGGACCGGCUCUACCUCGCCAACCACAACCUCAACGUCCAGUUCAACGUCUUUGGCGCAGAGGUGCUGGUCCCCGCCGUUGCCGUCCUCAACCAGACCAACGCCGCCGAGGGCCCCGGCAGCCUUGGCCUCGCCGCCAACAACUGCCGCAACGACUGGGGCCGCACCCCCAACUUCCUCCACGUCGACUACUACAACUACGGCCAGCCCCCUGGCUCCGUCUUCGAGGUGGCCGCCAGAGCCAACAACGUCACCUACAACCGCACCUGCUGCGGCAAGGUCUCGUCGGCCCCGGCGACCCUUGGCGGCGCAUUGUGGCCCUCGGUCGCGACCUUGAUGCUGGCCAUGUUCCUGAUACUAUAG